AAAACACACGAAGAAGAAGCGGAAGAAGAAGCCGGAAUUGUUCUAUAAAAGUGGGUGUACCGACACGACCGCCUCUUUUUACUCCUUUACUAUAACCGCUGCAAGAUUUACUCUCUCUAACUCGCUCUGUUUUACUCCGAUUUUUACUUCUUGGUGCUUAAAUCUACGAAUAUAGCAUUAAAUCACCAUGUCGGCGCGGAAGAGAAACCUCCCCGGUGAUAACGGAGCGGAGGACGGACUGGUGCCGACCGCCAAGCAGUCAUGGAGCGGGGGGAAGAAGAAGCACAUAAGCGCGCUGAUCCUGGCGAGAGGAGGGAGUAAAGGGAUUCCUCUGAAAAACAUCAAAAUGUUAGCGGGAGUUCCGCUGAUAGGAUGGGUGCUGAGGGCGGCUGUGGACUCCGAGCUGUUCGACAGGUACAACAAACAUGAAAUAUUAUUAUUAAAAAAAUAUUUAGUAAAAACUACAGACACAAAAAUGCAGAGGUAGGACCAAAAUAGACACCUAACAUUGAAAUAAAGAGACUAGCAAACCAGACGCUUGUUUGUGCCAAAAUGUGCAAAUAAAUCGUACAUAAUUUGUUUAAAUACAAGGUGUAAAGCGAGUUUAACGACCAAACAAAACUUGUGUUAACAGUGAAGCUCAGACCUAGUCAUAAAAUCACCGUAUAACCUAGAUAUGUGCAAAUAUAUCAAACCUAAUGUGUUUAAGUUGAAGUUGUAAAGCCAGUUUUAUGACCAAACAAAACUUGUUAACAGUGAAGCUGAGACCUAACUACAAAACCACUGUAUAAGCUAGAAAUGUGCAAAUAUAUCAUGCAUAAUGUGUUUAAGUUGAAGGUGUAAGGCAAGUUUUACGACCAAAAAUAACAGACUCAUAAAUUGUGUUAACAGUGAAGCUGAGACCCAACCACAAAUCACUGUAUAAGGGAACAAGUCUUAGCUAGAAAUGUGUAAAUAUAUCAUACAUAUGUUAACAUACAAGGUGUGAAGUGAGUUUUACAACCAAACGGAACUUGUGUUUACAGUGAAGCUGAGACUUAACCACAAAAUUUCUGUAGCUUGAAAUGUGUAAAUAUAUCAUACAUAUGUUAAAAUACAAGGUGUAAAGUGAGUUUUAUGACCAAACAGAACUCUGUAAGCUAGAAAUGUGCAAAUAUAUCGUACGUAGUGUUUUAAAAUUCAAGGUGUAAAGCAAGUUUUAGACAAAACAGAACUUGUGUUUACAGUGAAGCUGAGACCUCACCAUAAAAUCACUGUGUAAAGGAAUGGGUCUUAGUUAGAAAUGUGCGAAUAUACCAUCUGAUAUGUGUUUGAGUUAAAUGUCUAAAGCAAGUUUUAGACAAAACAGAACUUGUGUUAACAGUGAAGCUGAGAUCUUACUACAAAAUCACUGUAUAAGCUAGAAAUGUGCAAAUAUAUCGUACAUAAUGUGUAAAAAUUCAAGGUGUAAAGUGAGUUUGACGACCAAACAGAACUUGUGUUAACAGUGAAGCUGAGACCCAUUCACAAAAAUAGCUGUAGCUGUAAUAUGAAGCAAAUAUUAAUAACACUAAAGUAGGGCUGGGUGAUAUGGGAAAAAGUUAAUCACGAUAUAUUUUUUCAAUGUCAGUCUAUAUCGAUAUAUAUCACGGUAAAAAAAAUCACUUGUUAAAUGAAAUUCAACCGUGCUUAUUGGUAGCAUGUCUUUGGCAAUACAAUAGUGGUGCAUUCGAGUUACCUCGGAAACCAGAUGUCGGAGCUGAAAAUGACGUCACACCUGAGUCACCAGCGUUUCCGCUCGAGGUUUGUAACCUUUUGCAUUGCGCGUGCUCUGCCACGUGGUGCUGCUUCAGGUGGUGAAAAAGAUUUGAGGUAGUCCCGGACUUUGCGGGAACAUGUACUCGACAUAAUUCACAUUACUCUGCUUCAUGUCCGACCUCAAAAAACCAAAAUACCUCCACACCAAUGACGUUUUUGCACCAAUGUUGUCGACGAUGUCGUCGCCUGGGUAGCACUCAUUUUCUGUGCUGUCGGCUUCACGUGUUAAAGUGCUAUUGUUGUGGAAAAUCCAGCAUAAACAAUGCACAGGAGACAGGAUGAGAUCUUUAGAACAGCCUGGGCGUCUUUUAUCGUACAGAUGUAGAAAUCAGUACAGAUGACAAACUGAGUCUUGAGCAAGACCAAAGGAAGCCUCCCUAGCUUUUCUUCUACUCCCUUGUGUGAAUUCUCCAGAAGGGCGCUCAUGAUGAAAUGUCUGCCCCACGACACUUUGUUUAGGCUCAUCUUUACCCUUGCAGAGAUUAAAUGUUCCAAAAGACAGAUAGUUCGGGCUCCUGCAAGACAGCCUUGCUUACAAUCUCAGGGUCGUGGGGCUGCAGGAGCAGGCCAACCUAGAUUAUUUGUAGCUUCUUACUAAAAGAUAAUUACUCUAUAUUUCUUAACCUAAAUGUAUGAAGAGAUUCUCACUAUUCUACACUAUGGUUGUAUGUUGCUACAGUUGUUUGCCACUUGGUUCUAAUUCAACACAUGAUUGGUUCAACCCGAAACGGACCCAGAGCAACUCCCCUUUUCAUUGACUAUUCGUAUGGUCUACCAAAACAUGGCAGAAUGCCGACUAUCGAAAAGCGUAUUGACCAUGUUUUAUGUUGAUAUCAGCGGAAAUUUAUUGUCUAUAUUGUUAUCGUUUUAUCGCCCAGUCCUACACUAAAGUAGAAAAGUGCAUAGAUCUGAAGUUUUGCUAUCAGAUGUGUUUAGCAAGGUUCAAGGUAAACUUUCUUGUAACCUAAAACAAACGUAUGUCGACAGUGAAGCCGAGACCCAGUCACAAAACUACUACUGUAGAAGGAAGUAGAAAAUAAACAGUAACCGUAAGAGAAAAGAGUGUUUGUCUGAAUGAAUGUAAUGAUAACCGAAGUGUUUUACUAGGUUCAAGGUUCAGAAUAAAGUUUACGGUCCCUGAAUAACAAAUAAAACAAACCAUAAGUGAGCAGAGAAGUGCAAACAUCACUAAAGCACAGAGAGUGACACGACGCUCUUUAGGAGGUUAGUGGCACAGAGAACAAAUGACUUCUUCAAUCUGUUGGUUUUACCCCGGGGUGGUGCACACCUGCAACCAGAUUGUACUCUGUAUUUAGGGUGUGAGUGUCGUCAAACAGGAAAACCUGAGCUGUCUUUGUAACUCUGAGCUUGUAGGGCAGAAGCUUUAACAAUUAAACCAGUCCUGUUUCUUUUUUGACAUUUUCCAAAAUAAGAUUUAAGGCCGUUCAAAAACAAGACAGUUCAGUCAGAGUUCUAGAGACGUUUUUUUUUUUUCCCAGGAAAGAGUGGGUGUCCUGAUUCUCAUCUGAGGAUUCUGACUUUAAAUCAAAUACUUUUUUUUUUUUUUUUUUUACUUUGAAGUCAGAAUUCUAAAACUCUGACUUUCAUUCUAGAACUCUGAGAUCAAGGUCAGAAUUCCGUUGUAUUGAUCUCAGAAUUCUAACUCUUAUCUGAGGCUACAUUCACACUGCAGGUUAUGAUGCACUAUUCCGAUUUUUUGUUAAAUCCGAUCUUUUUGUGCAGUCGUUCAAAAAAUCAGAUAUGUGUCACAUAUGGUUAAAAAAAAUCGGAAUUGACCUGCAGUGUGAACAUAAACUGAGAAGUCUGUUGUUUUUUUCUCAGAAUUGUGCCUUUUUCUUUGCAUUCUGAGGAAAAACAUCAAAGUUAGGAUAAAUUUUGAUUUUUUUUUUUUUUUUCUUUUGGUGGCCUUAAAGGGAUAUUCCGGCGUAAAAUCAAUUUCGGGUCAAACACACCGUAACACCGAGUUAGACACCCCGUCCAGAGAUGAAUGUUGCCGACCGCUUGCUUCAAAUACCAACUUUAGUAACGACCACAUGAUAGCAAUACAGAGAGCCACGCGCUCAAACAAAACGCCACUCUGUAGCCACAAAUAAUGCUCAGAACAGCACCUAACUUCAUCAACAGGACAUAUAAGGUCCUAGCCACAGCACUAGCCAUCAAACAUCUUUUUAGCUUUGGCUUAUUUCUUUUGUAAAGAGACUAAACACAACUCACCUAUUCUCUUCCAGCAGCCGCUUGUUUGUAGCAAGACCUCAGGCCAGUCCAUUAGGGACUACAGCGGGGUGCCGCAGCUCAAGGAAGAACAUUUAUGAUCAUUUCUUUAUCAUUUCCUUGAAGUAAUAAUCACUGUAUUAAUCAUUUUGCGUCUCGGUCUGAUUGUAUAUCCAUGAAGAAAUGAUCAUAAAUGUUCUUCCUUGAGCUGCGAAACUCCGCCUUGCUACAAACAAGUGGCUGCUGGAAGAGAGUAGGUGAGUUGUGUUUGGUCUCUUCGCUAAAGAAGAUGAAUAUUGUAUUCCAGAACUUUGAGAUCAAUGACAGAAUUCUGAGGAAAACAUCAAAGUAAAAAAAAAAAAAAAAAAAGAUUUUUUUUUUGUGGCCUUAAUUGUUUUGUUUUUUUCAACAAAAUUGUGUAUUAGUCGAUUUUUUGCAAUCUGAAGUAAGAAGUUCUGGUAAACAGUUCUGUUCAAUGAUCUGAAUUUGGAUGAGUAAAACAGUCUUUCUUGGAGAAACACACUUGUAGGAUUUCCUAUAAAACAAGUUUUUUUUGCAUAUAUAAAGCUGUGAAAUAAGAACAAAUAAUCCUUGACAUGACGAUAAAUGUAAUAAUCUCGAUUUUCUCAGUGUGUGGGUAUCAACAGACCAUGAUGAAAUCGAGAAGGUGGCCAAAGCCUGGGGUGCUAAGGUUCACCGCAGAAGUCCCGAAGUCUCCAGAGACUCUUCUUCAUCCCUGGAGACCAUCCAGGAGUUUAUGAGGCUGAAUCCAGGUACGCACGCCCAGCAGGAUGCAAGUCUGGGUCAGAUCAGGUCUUUGAACUACCAGGAUGUGCUCCUUCCACGCCUGCUGGUGUUUGUUUGAUGAGUGUCAAAGCAGCUGAUAACUGAGCUCGCUCUGUUGACUCUUGUCUUUUUGUAGAGGUGGAUGUCAUCUGUCACAUUCAGGCCACAUCCCCCUGUCUGCAUCCGUUCCACCUGAAGGGGGCGCUAGAGCUGAUCACAGAGAAAGGCUACGACUCGAUCUUCUCUGUGGUCAGGAGGCAUCAGUUCCGCUGGAAGGAGGUCAAAACAGGAUGUAAGUUCCCUGUAUGGAGUUUCAGUGACACAACUUUCUCCGGGAUGUUUAGGUAACACCCAACCCUGAGAGCAAAGAAAACCUGUUGGUUGAGGAAUUAAAACUGCCGUAAUUGAUGGAAGAGCUAAUUCACUUUAGGCACUGAUAUCACAAACUGUGCAGAGACAGGCAGAGGACUUCUACUUGAAGCCAAAACUAGUGCUUUUCUACACAGAUAUGCACUAUCUCUUUCAGGAAAUAUUGACACUGAUAUGUUUGUCCUGGUGAGAUAAUUUUUGCAAUGCCCCUUUUUUAUCAAGAGUUAGAUAAGAACUGGAACGUUUUAAGGCUGCAGACUCAAGUCAACGGUUCACCUGCAACAACAAAUACUUGAACCUCCAAAACCAAAACAAACUGUGUUCACAGACAGCAGUGAUUUCCACUCCAGAGUGAUGUUUGUCAAGGCCAUCCUGUGUUCACCCUCGUCAUAAUUCUUCUUCUGCUCUGUUUUUAGCUAAUGAGCUCACUCGUCCGUUCAACCUGGACCCGCCAAACCGACCGCGGCGGCAGGACUGGGACGGGGAGCUGUGCGAGAACGGUUCCUUCUACUUCGCCUCCAAAGAGCUCGUUGAGAGGGCGAAGUGUAUGCAGGUAAUCUACUGACACUCAAAUACGGUAUUUCAUUAUUUCACCGACUUUCACAGGUAUUUAGGCAUUGGUUUUUGGUAUCAUGAUGUCAUAAAGUAGUGCCGAUGGACUCUUCCUGUGUGUGAAUGAAUGAAAUUUCACAGUGACUCGUCUCUCUUUCUUCAGGGUGGUAAGGUCACGUACUUUGAGAUGCUGCCAGAGUACAGUGUGGACAUCGACGUGGACAUUGACUGGCCUGUAGCAGAGCAGAGGGUCCUGAGGUGAGCCGAAGUGACGGGGUUUAGGGGGCAUGGUGUGGUAAAGGGAUAUUCCGGCGUAAAAUUAAUUUAGGGUCAAACACACCAUAAGACCAAGUUAGACCCCCCCCCUCCAGAGAUGAAUGUUGCCGACCGCCAACUCACCUACUCUCUUCCAGCAGCCGCUUGUUUGUAGUGAGAACCCAGACCAGUCCAUUACGGACUACAGCGGAGUUUCGCAGCUCAAGGAAGAACAUUUAUGAUCAUUUCUUCAUCAUUUCCUUGAAGUAAUAAUCAUCAUAAUAAUCAUUUUGCACUGCAGACGCGGUAGUUCUUCUGUCUUAGCGUCUCGGUCUGAAGAAAUGAUCAUAAAUGUUCUUCCUUGAGCUGCGAAACUCCGCUGUCGUCCGUAAUGGACUGGCUCUUAACUUUCUUAACCAACUUUAACAUUUAAUACCAACAUCUUGACUUUCUAAAGUUAAGAUGUUUGGUGGCUAGUACUAUGGCUGUGACCCUAUAUGUCCUGUUGAUGAAGUUAGGUGCUGUUCUGAACAUUAUUUGUGGCGUUUUGGUUGAGGUUUGUUUAUGGCUCGUCACUAAAGUUGGUAUAACUCAGUGUUGUUUUCGUCAGGCAGGAUGAAAACUUAAAUGACGACGUCAGACCCCUUUUUUCCUUGACGAAAAUGAGACUAAGACGAACGUCACCAAAGCUCUGUAAAGACUAAAAUGUGACGAAAAUUAUAUUCAUUUUCGUCAGACGAGAACGAGACGAGACUAAAUUGUUAUUAGGUGGACGAACAAAGUUUCAAAACAUGGUUUUUUUUGUCCUAACAGUCACGCCCCCAUCACACACGCACCAAAAGCCUCGCUCGCGCACAGCUGCGCGCACACAGUCAUACACAUACAAAGAGCGGCAGGUGGACGAGGCGCGCGCAAACACACACCGUGGCGGCAGGCACAGCAGCGGUACCCGGUGGCCGAAAAAAGAGGGAUGGUUUAUGGUCCUACUUCAGAUACAGUCCAAGUGACAAUAAAACACAAUGUCUUGUACGGGGACGGGGAGACGAGACAGACGACAGUUGUGGAGCCACAGCUUCCUCAUGCUGCGGCUUCAAACUGUCGGGAAAGAACACCACGAACCUCAAAAAGGAUUUCGUCGACUAAAAUUAGACUAAAACCUUUUGAGUUUUCGUCGGACUAAAACUAGACGAAAACUAUCAAGGAUAGAAAUGACUAAAAUGGGACUAAAACGAAGAAGCAUUUCGUCAAAAUGACUAAGACUAAAACUAAAUCUAAAAUGCCUGCCAAAAACAACACUGGAAUAACUGGAGAAGCAAGCGGUCGGCAACAUCAAUCUCUCAAGGGGGUGUCUAACUUGGUGUUACGGUGUUUUUGACCCUAAAUUAAUUUUACGCCGGAAUAUCCCUUUAAUUCAGCAGGUUGGUGUCCCUCAGGGUUCUGUCCUGGGUCCUCUGCUGUUUCCGCUGCGUCUGCUCUUUCCUGGAUGUCUCAUAGGAACUUUUUAACACGCAGAUGAAUUCCGCCGCCUCUACAUCUCGAUUUAAUCUUCUUGUGUCUUUGUUCAGGUACGGGUACUUCGGCCGGAACACGCCUGAAAUGGUCCGCCUUUUGUUCUGUAACGUUUCCGGAUGUCUAACAGAAGGGCGGAUCUUCUUGUCUGCGUCCGGGGAGGAGAUGGUGUCCAUCAACACCAGAGACACCACGGGCAUCCGCAUGCUGCAGAAAGCAGACGUGGAGGUCCAGAGUCCUCGACUCUUCAUCAUAAACACCUCGGCGAACUGACUCCAGUCUCGAGGACUCAUUCUACCUUCUGUGUCGCUCCACCAGGUGGUGCUGUUGACCUCCAGUCUGGACCCCGUGACCAAGGAGCUGGCGGAAAAAGUGAGUCAGAGGACGGGCUGCAAGGUGAUGCAGGUGGGAGAGGAGCCGCUGGAUGCUCUGAAGCUGGAGGUGGGGCAGAGGAAGCUGGACUGGAAGGAUGUGGCGUACAUGGGUAAGAAACGGCCUCGAGAGAGUCAAAGAUGUUGAAACGGAAAAAAACGUGUUUUUAAAUUUACACCUGCUGUUUUCUCCUCUCAGGUAACGACACACAAGACGUGAACUGUCUGAACCUGGCAGGUAUGAGCGCCGUACCCAGAGACGCCCCUAACAUGGCCAUCAACGCCGCCAAGUACACCUGCCGCGGCGUCGGGGGAAAGGGCGCGGUAAGGGAGUUUGCCGAGCACAUCCUCCUGCAGAAGAAGAAGGCGCAGUCGCAGAUGGAGCAGGACCGCAUCGACCGCAAGAACUUCUAAGUUUGAAGGAAACAUGAAAAACAACGCGGUGCAGUUUCUGCGCAACUGAGAGGAGGAAUCAGUUUAGAAUUAAUUGUAGAUGCGUACAGAAUUUAAAUUAAUGUACUUGUUUACAAUCAAGUGGAACAGGAAUCAGUUUUCCCUCAUAGUUCAAAAACGUGAUUUUUAUGCAUGCUUCAAAGUUGUUUUCAAAAAGAAGGAGCUCAAGUCAAGCUGUGAAAACCAAAAAAAAAAUACAAAAGUCCACAAAUAUUGAGGGUUUGAAGGAUCCGGGACUUUCUUUGAGUGCAACGACGCCGCUAAUUGAAACAGGAAUAAGUCCAUCAGAGAGGCGUCGAAACUUUAAUUAUUAACUGGAAACUAAACUGCUGUAUUUAUCAGAAAAAAAGGCCGAAUCUCCCGCUUUUUAGCUGCUUUAGGUACUUAAUCACCAACUAGUGCCCCAAAAUUUUUAAUUAUUGUUUUAAUUUAUAAGCUGUAAUCGCUCUUUGUCGUCGAUAUUCGUGGCGUUUUCAACCAAAUUAACUCUAUCAGUGUCCAAAAUGUGUCUUCACUCUCUUUUGUAAGUUUCAUAUCUGAGUCAAACCGAUCAUUUCCGUCACGUCUGAUGAACCACCUUUUUCAAAAACAGUUAUUUGAUUCACUUUCUCACUCAGAGCGAAGACAAAAACGCCGUCUGUCCUGUCAAUAUGAAGUUAAAUCCUGAGACCAGUUAGCUUAGCAUUGGGAAACCACAACUUCCGAAUCUGAAGGUUAUUUUCCAUAGACUGUAUAUAAGAUGGACAGAGUCUGCCUCCUCGCUGGGUGAAGCCACUCCGAGAACAGCGCCCUCUGAUGGUGGGCUGCAGUACAGGUCAUGAAUCCCGCCUCCGCCAGCAAAGCUUAUGGGACUGUGGACUGAAGUCUGUGCGGCCGAAUGCGCACAUCGCUACUGCGCAACUCUGGUUUCAAGGAAGUGGAGAAAAACCCGGAAUUACCAAGCGCUUUUUGGCUUCAAAUCCGUAUACAGGCGGAAGGCGGAACCAGGGUGUCCAUCUUAUAUACAGUCUAUGGUAUUUUCUAGCCGAACAAUCAGCUUGUUAAAGUGGAUCUUUUUCGUACACAGAGCCAGUUCAACCUUGUUUCCGGUCCCAGUGCUGACUCAAAAUGCUCGCCGUAGCCUCCUGUUAACAGACAGAUCUUACGUAAAAGUCUAAAAGUUUAGUUUUUGCUUCUAAUCGUUUUCUCUAAAACGCACCUGAAGGCGGCGUUUCGUGUUUCUGGGAUUUAGAAGUAGAGAGAUUAUCGCUGGUAAAAAACUUAAGCUAUUUUUAGGUGAUGAUGGGUGAAGGACCUUCAUUUGCACUUUGAUUCAGUCUCUUUAGAAAAACGUUUGAUUCAACAUGUAUGAGUUGAUUAAAAAAAAGCUUUAUGUGUGUCCGUCUCGCUUACAGAUGUUUGAUCUUGAACGCUUUCACGUCAUCUGGCUCAUCUCUGUGAUUUCACUUUGUUUUUUCAUGAAUGUGCUUUAUCGUCGGGAUCUGUGAUUAAAUUCAAAUGAAGUUUUCAAGAAGGACGA